AUGGCUCUGUUAAAGAGGUAUUAUUGCGCUGAGACGGUGGACGGCGAUACAGAAUGUUUUGUCGAGGACGGGUUCUGGUACACAGAGAGGGGCAUCAUCAUCAAAUGGAUCGUCUUCGCACUGUUCUUCAUCAUAUUCUUUGGCUGGUUCGUCGGCGGCCGCAUCCACGCAAAGCAACGGUUACGAAAGGGUCUACCACUACUGUCGUAUCACCGCUUCCUAAUCUCCUACUCUGAACGCCAACGCCACGGUCAAGUGCCCCAAAACCACUUCACCUUCUACCAAACACAAAACCCUUAUGCCACCAACAACGGCGCAAAUCCCCAGUACACGCAGCGUCAAGACGGCGCGUGGGCGGAACCCCCGCCACUGUAUCAAAACAACGAUGCGCCGCCGCAGUACUUCGCACCACAGGGCCCUGCAAAGACGACUCCGAACCAGUACGCCAUGGAAAUGGGACAGUAUAGCGGUCCACCAAUGGCACCCGGACCCCAACAGAGCGGGGUGGUAGGCAGUGCUCCUGCUACAUCAGACGUCGAGCAAGGGCAAGCAUCAUCCCAGGAAUUGCCGCCCCGACCAGCUCAAGCCAAGAUUAUGGGAGUCUUGGGCCGAUUUAGGCGGUAA